CGACGCACAAAAGUGGGAGAUUCGAAGUGGCCUGGCGGCAGCGAGAGCAAAACAAAGCGGAUUUUAAUUUUAAUGUGUGUCCAGCGGCCUCGCCUGAUGCACUGACACGCACUAUUGAAGACUUGUGCUACCCUACUUAUGGCCACCCCGACCAAGACCCCCCCCGGCGCCGAUCCGAAGCAGCUGGAGCGGACCGGCACGGUCCGGGAGAUCGGGUCCCAGGCGGUGUGGUCCCUCUCCUCCUGUAAACCGGGUUUCGGCGUUGAUCAGCUGAGGGACGAUAACCUGGAGACGUACUGGCAGUCCGACGGGUCCCAGCCACACCUGGUCAACAUCCAGUUCAGGCGGAGGACGACCGUGAAGAUGUUGUGUAUCUACGCCGACUACAAAUCAGACGAGAGCUACACGCCGAGCAAGAUCUCCGUCAGGGUGGGGAACAACUUCCACAACCUGCAGGAGAUCCGGCAGUUGGAGAUGGUCGAGCCGAGCGGAUGGAUCCACAUCUCUCUGGUGAACCAGAUGAAAAAAUAG